CUGAACCGUUUGGCUCUUUCUCCACAAGCAAGCAACCUUACAAUGUACCCAAAUUGCUUUUCAAUCAAAAUUUUUUAAGGAUUUAUCAAAUGCUACACUUAUGUAAUUAAAACACAUCGCUCAUUUGGGAUUUUAACUACCAAGCCGCCAUCUCGGAGUAGACUUAUAACGCGUUAUUGUGACUAUAUUUUAGAAAAUAGCGGUUGAGGAAGAGAUUCCAUAUAAGGAGCACAGCAGAGAAGGCACCCCUUGUGUGAUCUGGACAGUUUAAACUGAAGAGGGGUUACUGUCAGAUAUCUGAAUGACACUUGGGCACAUGGUGUUGAGACUGGUGGACUGUACCCUUUCAAAACAUAUUUGUUGUGAAAACAGACUUACUACUGUGGCCUGUGUCCUGAUUGCUGACCUCAUGGUGUAACCAGGUGUAAAGAUGAGCAUAAGCAGUGAUGAGGUCAACUUUCUUGUGUACAGAUAUCUACAGGAGUCAGGAUUUUCCCACUCAGCCUUCACAUUUGGCAUAGAGAGCCACAUCAGCCAGUCCAACAUCAAUGGAGCCCUGGUGCCCCCUGCUGCCCUCAUCUCCAUCAUACAGAAGGGCCUGCAGUACGUGGAGGCCGAAGUCAGCAUUAAUGAGGACGGCACGCUGUUUGACGGACGGCCGAUCGAGUCCCUGUCGCUCAUUGACGCGGUAAUGCCGGACGUGGUGCAGACGCGGCAGCAGGCCUACCGAGACAAGCUAGCCCAGCAGCAUGCGGCCCAGGCCCCCCCGGCCAACACCACCAACAUGACGGCCAACGCCAAGAACGGAGAGAACACGGCCAACGGCGAGGAGAACGGAGCGCAUGCCUUAGCUAAUCAUGCACAUGCUGAUGAGGUGCUCUCUGUGUGCCAUACAGACAACCAUGUAGACAUGAUGGAAGUCGACGGGGAUGUGGAGAUUCCCCAGAACAAAGCCAUGGUGCUCCGAGGUCACGAGUCAGAGGUGUUUAUCUGCGCCUGGAACCCUGUCUCCGACCUGCUUGCGUCCGGGUCUGGGGACUCGACAGCGCGGAUCUGGAACCUGAGUGAGAACAGCACCAGCAGCUCCACACAGCUUGUACUGAGGCACUGCAUACGGGAGGGAGGCCAGGACGUCCCCAGCAACAAAGACGUCACAUCAUUAGACUGGAAUAGUGAGGGUACGUUACUAGCAACCGGCUCAUAUGAUGGAUUUGCCAGGAUAUGGACAAAGGAUGGUAAUCUUGCCAGUACACUGGGUCAACACAAAGGUCCCAUUUUUGCAUUAAAAUGGAACAAGAAAGGAAACUUCAUUCUUAGUGCCGGAGUAGAUAAGACUACAAUCAUAUGGGAUGCUCACACAGGAGAAGCAAAGCAGCAGUUCCCGUUCCAUUCAGCGCCUGCUCUGGAUGUGGACUGGCAGAGCAACAACACUUUUGCCUCCUGCAGUACAGACAUGUGCAUCCACGUGUGUAAGCUUGGCCAGGACAGGCCCAUCAAGACAUUUCAAGGACACACAAAUGAAGUAAAUGCAAUCAAAUGGGAUCCAACUGGUAACCUGCUAGCCUCUUGCUCAGACGACAUGACGCUGAAGAUCUGGAGUAUGAAACAGGACACGUGCGUUCAUGAUCUGCAAGCUCACAGCAAAGAGAUCUACACUAUCAAAUGGAGCCCCACCGGUCCUGGAACCAACAACCCCAAUGCCAAUCUCAUGCUUGCCAGUGCGUCCUUUGAUUCGACGGUGCGGCUGUGGGAUGUGGACCGAGGGAUCUGCAUCCACACGUUAACCAAACACCAGGAGCCUGUCUACAGUGUGGCCUUCAGCCCCGACGGCAGGCAUCUGGCCAGCGGCUCCUUCGACAAGUGUGUUCACAUCUGGAACACGCAGACUGGUGCUUUAGUCCAUAGUUACAGGGGGACAGGGGGGAUCUUUGAAGUUUGCUGGAAUGCAGCAGGUGACAAAGUGGGAGCAAGUGCAUCAGAUGGAUCUGUUUGUGUAUUAGAUCUGCGGAAAUAACGCUGCUUGUUGGAAGCCAUGGACCGACAAUGAAUGUGUACAUAGCCAAAAUGACUGUCCCUGCCCCAUGUACUGCUAGUCUCGCUAAACCAUGGCUGGCCACUACAGACCAGAAACAAGCACCCGACACAGCAAAUUCAGGAGCAAGGACACGCUCUGUGCAGCAAGUUGGUAGGACCAGAGACAUUAAAGGGACACAGACAAAAAAAUGAAAAUGAAGAAAAAAAAGCAGAUCUGUAUAUGUACCAACAUUUGGAAGCUAUUUUGCUUUUUGAUCUUUAAACCAUGCUCAUCAAGAGAAAAAAAUAUGUUUUAACUUUGUUGGUAGUUCAGUCUCUGUGUGCAGACAUAUCGGCUUUCCAAUCCUGCGGCCGGCAGUUAGGUUUUUAAUAAAAUCAUUUAUAUUAUU